CUCUCCCUCCCCAUCGCGCCGCUCUCCCCCGCGCUCCACGCACACGUCACCGCCCUCCGCACGCUCGCCCUCUCCCUCGCACUCCUCCCGGCCGCCGAGCACCACCCGGCCCGCGUGCCCCUCACCUCCAAGGCCUCCCUCAGCGCCGCCGUCACAGACACGCACCAUGUCCUCGUCUGCCUCGGCACAGCGGGCACCGGCGGAGACGGCGCGGAGGGCGAGCAGUACUGGGUCGCCAUGUCUCCGCAGGAGGCAGCAGACUAUGUCGACAGACGGCGAGAGCGGCUGUUGCUUCAGCAGGCUCGCGCCAUCGACGGGCUGCCAGGCGUCGUUGCAGAAGAGCGGCUGGAAACCGUAGAUGAAAAGAAAGUGUUGCGGCCGUUCCAUCCCGUGCUGCACAAUAUACCUGCAGCUGGGCCGUCGCAACCAGAGAAACGUUCGACGGUAACGGGCCCUGAGCAUGUUGCCGCACCCGUCGCAGAGGCAGCAGCCGAGCCGUCGGUGAAGCAUCAGCGAGAGCAAGUCGCUGGAAAGUCAGAGCCAGGACUAGCUGUUAGUGGAAAAGCCAAAGCCCUUUCUCCAGCAGUGACUCCGUCUUCCAGUCAGGCCGCCAGCUCAUCGAAAAUGGAUGACUUGAUCGAAAUCAUGACAGAGGGCGCUGCGGCUGCGGCUCAGAAAAAAGGUGGUGCGGAAAAGGACGAGACAGUAUUCAACGAAGAAGGUUUACCAUUCCACGAAAUUCGCGAAACCCUUAAUGGCGAAACUAUCGGGUCGUUACCGCCGCCUGCAGCUGCCGAUCUAAACGCCGACAUGGAGGUCUUGCCCAAGGAUGAAAAGGAUGACUAUUGGUCAGAAGACGCCGUUGCCAGACGGGCUGCUCUCCGUAAAAAGAUAUUCCAUGAGGGCGAAGAAAGCGACGAUGAAGAAUCGAUUGAGCAAAUCCAGCAGCAACCGCAAGUGCCAGACUCAUCACUCCCUUCUUCCCCACCAUCUCCAAAAGCUGAACUUCACCUCCAUUCAAUCCUUCGCCAUCACGCACCCUCAUCACAACAACCUAAAUCUAUACUCAAACCUCCUAUUCGCAAGAAAUCUGUGACCUUUGAUCCCUCCAUCCCACCUGCAUCCCCCGAUUCCUCUGACAUUGCGCCCUCGUCAAUAAAGCCGCACAAGUUUGGGUUUCCUCUGCCUCUCGCAACGGAUGACGACCAAGCCUGGGCGCCCAAGCCUGUUCCGACGAUCAGUGAACCAAAACCCAAGGCCAAGAAAGACGAUGGCUUUGCAGGAUUCAAAAAGGGCUUCCUUGGCCCUCCCCCCAAAGUCCUUACCGCUGAGAACGCCCAGCCUUCUUUUUCGAGUCCGCCUCAUCCCACCGCAAUCUCGGAACAAGGACCACCAUCCGAAUCCGCUCAGGAGGCUUUUAAACCGAAAAAGAAGUCACUUUUCGCUCAGCGUCUUGCUCACUCUGAGAUCGAUGCCUCUGCACCUGCCACGUCGUCUGGUACCCCAGCGACUGCUUCUCCCAGAGGCGUCAAUCUGCCCAAAAUGGCGGAAAGCAAAGGUACCUCAGCAAUCAAAGGGGCUGUGGUCGAAAAGUCGGCGACGAUGACCCCGGCGACGAACCCUUCAUCGUCCCAUGCCGAGGUACCCGACACGGAGCGGACGGACGACGACAACGGAGACGAUUCAUUUGCCGAGUAUAGUUCUGGCUCUGAAGACGAGUAUGAUCUGGACGAUGCUCUUCUCGCCCGUGAAGUUGCUCUCGAAUACCACAGACGACAUGCGUACACGUCUCUCAACAGGGAUCCCCGUGACGCUCCUUAUGAAGAGGAUGAUAACGGUAAUGGUGCCGGUGUAAUGCUCGGUCUUCCGAGGAUCAGUGAUUUGCAGGGACAAGACGGCCGGCCGGUGAUCACCAACCCGACCCCGGACGAUCUGAGGCGUUUCAUCAGGGUUGGGAGACUGGAAAAUGGAAAUCUUGUCUUGGCACCCGGCCAGGAAGGAUUAUCCGAUUCAGAGGGCGAUGGUGAGGAAGGCAAAGAAGGCGAGGACGACGAUGAAGAAGUCAAGGAAAAGAAAGAGAGGAGAUUGGAGGUAAAAAAGCGGAGAGAGCAAGUCAGGAAUAGACUCUUGGGCUUGCCUGUGGAAGAAGGAGACCUUGAGCCCGAGAGAAAGAGGGACAGCGUUGACGAUGAAAGUUUAAAGGCAACGAUACCCCCUGCUAUUCAAACAGAAGUAGCAGAGAGACACGCGCAAAUAGACACAUCAGCCGAAAGCGAAGAAACACCAGUUCCAAAGAAAAAGGUAUCACGUUUCAAGGCGGCUCGUCUGGCCGGUGCUCAGUAGUAUAAGCGCGCCCCCCCCAAAAAAAGGAAAAAAAGGCAUUCUAUAUCCAAGUGGAGUUUACAAAGAGGCGAUGAUAUAAUAAAGAUUAAUCUAUGCA